AUGACAUGCAAGAUGAAGCAGCCUCCUCAGUGCCUAGACGCCCACGUCGAGAGACCAUGUUACUGCGGGAUAUCAGAAUGCGACUACGAGGAUCCGGAGAAUGUCAUCUGCUUCAACACAUGCAACGCCUUUCUCAACCAAGUCGUCGUCGGGGUUUGCGUCAGGGGUGGUGAAUGCGAAUGCUACUGCGAUCCCUUCACCUAUCCUCCCUACGUCCCAGAUGGAUGCCGCGAUUUGACAAAGCUCCUUCAAGAAGGGAAGCAUUAAUUGAGAAGAAUGUGAAAUGGAGAAUGCAGUGAGCGAUGCGUUCUUCACUCAAACGUGGAGUAUUCAAUUGAUUCAAUAAAGGAUUUGCACGAAUGAGUCCAUUGUGCUCAUUAAGGCAUGAAUAAAGACCUACACUAAUGUUUAAGCCGAUUCGUAUCGAUCUUCACCGAUCACUCUGAG